UCGUGGUGUUUUGACAAUCAUCAAACGCACGCGUAUUAUUUGGUCCUGUUAGAGCGCAGGAUCACCAGAAAGGCUGUCUGUGGCACCGCAGGUGGUCCGAGAGAGAGAGAGAGAGAGAGAGAGAGCGUGAGAGAGGGGGAGAGAGAGACAGAGAGAGACAGAGAGAGGCGUGCAGCACAUUGGUCGGGCUACUUUUCUGACGACACACCAACAAUCGUCAACCUGUGGAUAGGGCGCGCGCGGCGCUCUGCUGUCUCCACUGCCACCCUCUCCCCUCUGACACCGAGCCCGACAAUCCAGGACGCAUGAACUGGGAGAGGGUGCCGGGUUCGAUUCCCCACGGAAGGACAGGUGCCGAAAAGUUGAGGGGCUCGUGCGCCAUCCCCGCUUCAUGAAUGGCCGGAACAUGGAGGAGAUGCCAUUCGAAAGAGUCAAGACCCGGAGGAGAAAGGGUCGAUGCCCGGCCGGUGCACCCCUGGGCGCCAUCGCCUGCGAGGACGAGUUCAACAGCCACGAGCUGGAGGCUCUCUUCCAGAACUACAACCUGAAGCUGGAGCAGACCGCCACCCUCAAAGCGCUGGCGGUGCUCAUCGUGGCUGCGUCGUCGCUGUCCCUGGUGGAGCUGCUGUCCAGCCCGCGUCUCACCUUGUCCAAGGGCUCGUACCCGGUGCACUGCGUGGUGUUCCUGUCGCUCUUCAUCGUCACCAACGUCAAGUACUUGCAGGUGACGCAGCUGCAGCAGAUCGCCAAGCUUGCGCUGCUGUUCAGCUUCACCUUUGCGCUGCUCUGCUGCCCGUUCCCGCUGGCGCUCGGCACGUCAGAGCUGGUGAGCGCCGGAGCCCCUGAGCAAGGCGUCUGGCAGCUAAUGUUGGUCACCCUCGUGGCUUACGUGCUGCUACCGGUGCGGACGCUGCUGGCGGUGCUGUUCGGGGUGAUGCUGGCUGCAUCCCACUUCAUUGUCAUAGCGACGUCGGUCACGGGGAGGAAACAGAGGCUGUGGAGACCGCUGGUGGCCAACGCCGUGCUGUUCACCAGCGUCAACUUGUCGGGGGUGUUUGUGAGGAUUCUCACCGAACGCACCCAGAGGAAAGUCUUCCUGCAGGCCCGGAACUGCAUCGAGGAGAGGCUGAAGCUGGAGGACGAGAACGAGAAACAGGAGCGUCUGCUAAUGAGCCUUCUGCCCAGGAAUGUUGCCAUGGAGAUGAAGGAGGACUUCCUGAAGCCUCCUGAGCGGAUCUUUCACAAGAUCUACAUCCAACGUCAUGACAAUGUCAGCAUCCUGUUUGCAGACAUUGUGGGUUUCACCAGCCUGGCCUCUCAGUGCACCGCUCAGGAACUGGUCAAACUGCUCAAUGAACUUUUCGGGAAGUUUGAUGAGCUGGCGACAGAGAAUCACUGCAGGCGGAUUAAGAUCCUGGGGGACUGUUACUACUGCGUGUCGGGACUGACCCAACCCAAAGCUGACCACGCCCACUGCUGUGUGGAGAUGGGACUGGACAUGAUUGACACCAUCGCGUCGGUGGUGGAGGCAACAGAGGUGGAUCUGAAUAUGCGUGUGGGCCUGCACACCGGACGGGUGCUGUGUGGCGUGCUGGGCCUCAGGAAAUGGCAGUAUGACGUCUGGUCAAACGAUGUCACGCUGGCAAAUGUGAUGGAGGCCGGAGGGCUGCCUGGCAAGGUGCACAUCACACGGACCACCUUGGAGUGUCUGAACGGGGACUACGAGGUGGAGCCGGGCUUCGGGCACGAGAGACACGCCUUCCUUCAGAAACACCACAUAGAGACAUAUUUCAUCGUGCCAUCACACAGACGCAAAAUCUUUCCAGGACUCAUUCUGUCAGACAUCAAACCAGCCAAGAGGAUGAAGUUCAAGACCGUGUGCUACCUGCUGGUGCAGCUGAUGCACUGCAGGAAGAUGUUCAAAGCAGAGAUCCCCUUUUCCAACGUCAUGACCUGCGAGGAUGACGACAAGCGGCGAGCCCUGCGGACCGCCUCAGAGAAGCUGAGGAGUCGGACGUCCUUCUCAGCCGCCGCCGUGCAGCACUCACCGGGAACACGAGUCAACCGCUACAUCGGGCGGCUCAUCGAAGCGAGACAGACCGAGUCCGAGACAACAGACCUGAACUUCAUCACCCUGUUCUACAGGAGCGGAGACAGGGAGCGCCGGUAUCACCAGGUGUACGACGACCAUUUCAUCAGCGCUGUGGUUCUCUCUCUGAUCCUCUCUGCUCUGUUUGGCCUUAUCUAUUUGCUAAUGAUCCCACAAGGGAUGCUGGUGCUGCUGCUGCUGGUGCUGUGUGUGUGUUUCCACGUGGCCUGUGUCAUGUACCUUCAUCUCACCAGUGUUCAGUGCCAGCCGGGCUGCCUCACCAUCCACAUCCGAACAGUGCUGUCUGUCUUCCUCGCUCUGCUGACCUACUCUGUAACCCAGGCGUGUGUGGUUGGAUGUGUUCCUUGGGGCAGAUUUGGGACAAACUCCAGCCUCUCUGUGGAUGACGCCCCUGCAGAUGCUCUUCCUGAGGUCGGACCUCCCAACAGCACGCUGGCAGACAGAGCUUGUACCAACAUGGCGUAUGCGCUGCUGUCCUGUGUGGCCGCCACCCUCACUGUUGUCCCCUACCUCCGAGUGUCCUCGCUUCCUAAGAUCAUCCUGCUCUUCCUCCUCUCUGUCACCUACACCGUCGUGAUGGAGACUAGUGGCUAUCGGCAAGCUGUGGGAGGAGGGUUUCUCCACACGCGUGGGUAUGAUCCUGUGUUGGCGGUCUUGCUGUUUUCUGCAGCUCUGGCUCUGCAUUCGAGGCAGCUGGACCUGAAGCUGCGGCUCGACUAUCUCUGGGCCACUCGGGCGGAGGAGGAGAGAGGCGACAUGGAGAAAGUGAAGCUGGACAAUAAGAGGAUCCUGUUCAACCUGCUGCCGGCUCAUGUGGCUCAGCACUUCCUCAUGUCGAACCCCAGGAACAUGGACUUGUACUACCAGUCCUACGCUCAGGUCGGAGUGUUGUUCGCCUCCAUCGCCAACUUCAACGACUUCUACAUCGAGCUGGACGGGAACAACAUGGGCGUCGAGUGUCUCCGGCUGCUCAAUGAGAUCAUCGCCGACUUUGAUGAGCUGAUGGACAAAGAUUGCUACAGGGAUAUCGAGAAAAUCAAGACCAUUGGCAGCACGUACAUGGCUGCUGUAGGGCUGGUUCCUACAACUGCCUCCAAGGCGAAGAAAUCCAUCACCUCACAUUUAUGCACAGUUUCCGACUUUGCCAUUGAGAUGUUUGACGUCCUGGACGCCAUCAACUACCAGUCGUACAAUGACUUUGUGCUGCGAGUAGGUAUCAAUGUAGGACCAGUGGUGGCCGGAGUUAUCGGAGCCAGAAGACCUCAGUAUGACAUCUGGGGAAACACGGUGAACGUAGCCAGCAGGAUGGACAGCACAGGAGUUCAGGGAAAGAUACAGGUGACAGAAGAUGUUCAUCGCAUCAUCACAGACCACUACAUUGUUUGCCGCGGUCAGGUCAGCGUUAAAGGCAAGGGUCAGAUGCUCACAUACUUCCUGGAGGGGCGUAAACAAGGCAACCGGGCAGUUAAGAGCCCGCAGCAGCAGCAGCAGCAGUCCGGCAGCACAGAGCGGCGGUCAAGCGCGUUUAACCACGGCAGCGUGUGCACCAGACUGAGCCCUGGACCCACUGUCACCACCUACGCCUCCAUCAGGACCCCAAGUCCGAGCACAACAAAACCCACCACCUCCACCAGCACCUCCAGGUACCUGCCCUCUGUCCCCACAGCCAUGGUGUGACGGAUGUCUCCAAGGCGACCGUGGGAAACAGAAAUGAGAGUGGAUGCAGGAAACAGGAAGCAGUGGAAAGUUAGCUUUAACAGCGAGAGUUUAUUGAAAGAGGAAGUGGAGCCACUCUUCUUCUUUGGUCUGUGGGACAAGAAGAGGCUGAUGCGCUGAUGCCACAAAGGGAGACCUGGACUCAGGUCUGACCUGUGUUUACGACUAAUUUUGACAGUCUGAGGUGGAUCAGACCCUCGCACAUGCAGGCUCUGGUUGUCUGUUACUUGCCCUGGAUACAGGACGCUUUAGCCGCGCUGCUCUGCAAUCAAACAACGUCCGAGUGAAUCUCCACGAUUUCAGAGCCUGACUCCUAAAAUCUGCAUCCACAACAAUAACAAACUGCAUCAAAACGGACCUGAUAGUGUAGCACACAUCCAUAAGAUAAAAAUCCUUUAACGACUUCAGCUGACCCUUUUCUCUCAGUGUAAAACCAAAACAGUGCUGUUGCCUUAGCGACCACUCCUCACAAUGAGUUUCUUGCCAUUUUUUUUUGUUGCCUUUUAGAUCUUUUAUUGAUUUAUUGGACAGAACUACAGUUUACUACCUGUUUCUAAAGCCAAAUGUAUAAUUGUAAAAUGGCAGUUAACGGUACAAAGUUGCCAAAUACAACAGGGCAUCGCCUUCAAUCGUGUCCAGGUUGGCGGUUUACUUUACGCGCUACACUUAAACCCUCAACGCGGCGGCACACGAGCUGGACUCUUCUUUGAUCCCUGAGCCGAGCCACUCAGCGUCUUUUAAGUGCAUGAUGCCACUACUGCAUUUCAGUCACGUUUGCUGUCUGUUGCCCUGUGAUGCUUGACUUCCAGAUUCUUCCUCGUCUAAAAGUGUAGCAAUAAAAAGCGGUUUGUCUCCUUCCUCGGCC